AUGGAUCAAUCCCAGAUCGCAACAUCCCGGCCAAGAAAUGGCAACCGCAUCGAGAAUCCUACAGAACACUACCUGAGACAGGCUCAGGGUGGUGCUGCAUGGCCCGGUCAUAAGCGAACGGGGCCAACCACGACCGAGGAAGCAUUUCAGCUCGACGGCAUGGCGGAGUCAAGCAGCGGCUUGGCGACUUGGCUGCGAGUCCCCGAGCACAACCCUGGCCGCCACCGGUCGCGCUGA